AGUGAUUGGCAGGAGCUUUGCCAAAUCAUUACGGAGGAGAGGUGGAGGGGGACGGGGGUGCACCUGAGGGUACAAGUGACAGGGAGGAGGGUGACAUAAACCGAUGAGAGCAGCCGAGACAGGAAGCGGAGCCUGAAAGACAACCGGGACUCCCCGCACCGCCGCCCUCAUGAGAGAAUAGUGACAGCGGGAACAUGGCUCAGAGCUCCGACGUAGACUCCUGCCUUCACCGCACCCUCCGCCUCCUAUCUGGGGUCGCAGCUCACCUCACCGCUUUCGCUUUCACCAUAUACAUAAGCUGUGUGUCCCAGCCUGGAACAACUUUGUUUUCCUGGCACCCGUUCCUCAUGAGCCUGGCGUUCUCUUUCUUCAUGACAGAAGCCAUCUUGGUAUUCUCGCCUGACUCCUCCCUGCUCCGUUCCUUUUCCCGUAAGGCACGGGUACAGGCGCACUGGAUUCUCCAGCUCCUGUCUUGUGUCUGUGCCAUCCUGGGUCUGGGCACUAUCUAUUACAACAAGAUUUUACAUGAGAAGCCUCACUUUUCCACCUGGCACGGCCUGAUCGGAUUACUCACCAUACUUUGGGCCCUGAUCCAGAAUGUUGGUGGGAUAACUCUACUGUACCCCAAGCUAGUGCAGCGCUGGACUCUAUCUACCCGUAAGCUGUACCAUGCCACAUCCGGUUUGCUAGGAUACCUGCUGGGAUGUUCCAGCCUCUUCCUUGGCAUGUGUUCCUUGUGGUUUAGUGCCAAUGUCACAGGUGGCUUGUGGUACAUCUGUGCCCUCUGCCCUCUUCUUACUGGUUUGGUGGUGAUGAAUCAGAUCAGUAAUGCUUAUCUGUAUCGUAAAAGGAGCCAGUCCUGAGGCGGAGGACACACAAGCUUUUUUCAUAAAUGCAAGCCAUUCAGGAUCUUACAUUGCUGCAGAUGCACAGUGUUACUCAGUGUUUAUUGUGAAUUCCAAGGCCUAUGAAUGCAAAGGACCCAGAAUCCAUCCAUGCUAAUCAUUUUGAGAACCAGUUCUUCAUAAGUUGCCUGUACCCAAAGACAUGUUCUUAUAUGGUCAAUACGUUCAUAUGUUACAUAAGGUUGUAAACUAAAAGGGAGGAUUCUUCUUGUUUUCUUAAUUCAAACUUUUACAUAUAAUUUUAUUAAAAAAUAAAAAUCAGAAUUGUCUUGAACUUUGCACACAGCCAGAGCUACAUUAACAAUUUCACUCACUUUAUGGCAGCAAAUGCAGCAGUAAAUGUUGGGGCUUGUAAAAAGAAAAAAAAAAACUGAGCUGGAUGUGUCAAAGAUGCAUUGGAUAAUAGCAGUGUCUGGUGUUAACCUGAAAUGUGGCUAUGUUCAAGGGCUAUAUCAGCAUGCUGACAUAUACUGUGGUGUCCAGAAGUGGACUGAAUAUAGUCACUUAUACUCAUUUAUAAAAUGGACUUGUUGUGUGUACACCACAGUAUAUGUCAGCAUACCGUUUCUGCUAAUGUCCCUUAAAUGUACUCU